UUUACGAGGAGAUCCUGAACGCAGCACAGGGAUCAACCUGGAGGAGAGUCAAACUCGCUGCAACCGAGCAGAAACACCGAACACAACAAGUUUACACAAUAAUGGGACUUCUCCGUUUUCAUCGCGGAGUCCGUAGACAUGUUUAGUGACCGUGUCGGUGUCGGUUUACAACUUUUAAUCGCGGAAUUAGUCGACGUGUAUGUCGGCGCUGCUGUUGGAACGGAGUUCUGCUUUCUGUCGGAUGGAAGUGAGCGAGACGGUUCAAUGUCCACCGUAAACUUUUCGGAGGAGCUGGACUUCAGACUGGUGUUUGAGGAGGACGGCGGCAGACAGACAGCAGGUCCAGAGCUCAAUGUGAGGACGCCUCCCUCCUCCACUCAGGCUCUGGCGCAGCAGCUCGUCAGCCAGGAGCUGCAAGGUCAGCCUCCAUGUUUCCCCUACCUGCACGGCGGCUACCAGCCUCAGGGGCCCCAGUACGGAGCCCAGGGGAACCCCAGAACCUUUGACUGUCCCAGCAUCCAGAUCACCUCCAUUGCUCCUAACAAUAAUAUAGAGCUGGGCAGUAUCCAGGAAGCUUUGGCGGUAGGCGGGGCAGAAGGGGGUUACCCCGAAGCAUCCUGGUCCAGAGGCCAGCUCUACCUGCCGCUGGACCCCUGCUACCGGGACCCGGCGCUGUGCCCGAGCCCCUGCAGCAGCCUGUCCUCCCGGAGCUGGAUAUCCGACCUCUCCUCCUGCGAGUCCUUCUCCAACGCCUACGACGACGUUGAGGGGGAGCUGCGCGAUGCCGAUCGCCUCGCCCUGGGGUCCCCCCUCGCCCUGGGGUCCCCCGUCGGGUCGCCUCUGGGGUCCCCGGGCUGUGGGGGAGGGGCGUUCGGGGUGGAGCUAUGGCAACAAAACUACCAACAUCCUUUAGCCUUCAGUCCGGUGCUGUCACCCCAUCAGUCGCCCCGCCAGUCGCCCUGCCACUCCCCUCGCACCAGCGUCACUGAGGAGAGCUGGCUGGGCCGCGGGCCCACCUCCAGGCCGUCAUCCAGACCGACGUCGCCCUGCGGGAAGAGACGCCACAGCGGUGCCGACCCCAACGCCCGCUCGCCGUCCCCUCACCACUCCCCCAGCCCCACGCCGGGCGCCUCCCCACGGGGCAGCGUGACGGACGACACCUGGGUGGGAAGCCCCGGCGGUGCCCUGGGGUCCCUCCUGAUGUGCGGCUACCAGGAUCUGGACGUCCCCUCCAAGACCAGGAGGACGUCGGGGGCCCAGCUGGGCCUCUCGGCCGGCCAGGGGGACCCGGGGCUGGAGCCCUUCCUGGAUUCUCCCGGCGAGGAGGGGCGUGAACAGGACGGCCUGGCUGAUCUCUUCUUCCAGGUGCCGUCCCACUUCAGCUGGAGCAAACCCACACCUGGGAACCCUCCUCUAUUCAGGAGCUCGUCUAUGCCCCCUCUAGACUGUCCUCUGCCCUGCCAGUUUGACCAGUGUGAGUUAAAGGUGGAGGUCCAGCCCCGAUCCUACCACAGGGCGCACUAUGAGACGGAGGGCAGCCGAGGGUCCAUUAAGGCUCCUACCGGAGGACAUCCUGUCGUCAAGUUGCUGGGAUACAGCGAGCAGCCGCUCAGCCUGCUGCUGUUCAUCGGCACCGCGGACGAGCGCUGCCUCCGGCCGCACUCCUUCUACCAGGUCCACCGGGUGACGGGGAAGACGGUUGCCACCAGCUGCCAGGAGAAGAUGACGGGCGGCACCAAAAUCCUGGAGAUCCCUCUGCUUCCAGGCAACAACAUGUCCGCCAGCAUCGACUGUGCCGGUAUCUUGAAGCUGCGUAACGCAGACAUCGAGCUGAAGAAAGGCGAGAUGGAUAUCGGGAGGAAGAACACAAGGGUGCGAGUUGUGUUCAGGGUCGGCGUCCCUCAGCCAGACGGCCGGAUGCUGUGGCUGCAGACGACAUCCAACCCUGUGGAGUGCUCCCAGCGCUCCGGCCAGGAGCUUCCUCAGGUGGAGAGCGUCAGUCCGGCCAGCUGCUCCGUGGACGGAGGAACCGAGCUGCUCAUCACCGGAUCCAACAUCUCCACACAGUCCCGCGUGGUCUUCAUGGAGAAAGGGCCUGAUGGAAGAUCACUGUGGGAAAUGGACGCCAGAGUUCUUCCAGAAAAAUGCAGCGGAUCCAGCAUCGUGGUUGAAGUCCCUCCCUACAAUAAGAAGACGACCGAACCGGUCCAAGUCCAGUUCUACGUCUGUAACGGGAAGAGAAAAAGAAGCCUGAUGCAGAGCUUCACCUUCCUGCCUGCAGUCAGACGCCACCUGGACGCCGCCGUCGGAGUCAAACAGGAGCCCUGGGAGAUGGACCGCAUCUCCCACAAUCCACCUGGCUUCCACCAGCUGCCCUCCCGUGACCCAGACGUGGCUUAUUACGAUCCCUACCACAUCCCAGUGCAUUGUGGUCCUCCUUCCCAGAGCGUGCCUCGCCUUCAUCACCCUGCUCCUUCCUCCGUCCCGCUCCAGAGCGCCUUAAUGUUUCCUCACGCCUCCUCCACGCCUCUCCUCGCCCCCGCCUUGCCCCCUCAGACCUUGAUUCCCCUUCAGACCUCCCCCCUCCCCGCUCAGAUCUCCACCCAGCCCUCGUCGUCGCCCCAUCAAACCUUCGCUGUCCCUCUCCCUCCUCCUCCUCCUCUCUCCUACAGCGGACGUCAGAGGAAGUGCUCUCCGUCUCGCAGCGCCAGAAGAGGCUUUGCGACGCCCACGGCCGGCCCCCAUGAGGACUCGCCGCUCCCCAGCGCGGUAGAGGCUCCGAGCAUCAAGAAGGAGCCGGAAGAGCAGCCAAAUCCGGGCUCCUUGGGCCUCCGGGAGAUCACGCUGGAUGAUGUGAACGAGAUCAUUGACCGAGACAUCGGCAGCCUGAUCAGCGGCGCCCGGCCCGACCUGUUUGACCAGUACCACCAGUACGACUGGGAGCACAAGUCCAGUGAUGCCGCCUCGCCGUUCUGCGGAGGCCCUCAGUAGUCGACGCUCCGCUUCCUCAGGAAAACUGCUGCAGAGCUUCUCUUUCUUUUUCUCUUUCUUUGGACAAAAACAAACCCAAACCGCAACGAUCACGUUUGCACAAAGUGCACCAAAACUGAUCUUCAAGUGCCUGUAAACCAAUCAGCCGCCUCGGACGAGUCGGCGCGCUCGUCUCUCUUCAGGGUACCGCAUCCCAUUAACCGUUUUCCUCGUCGGUCUCAGGAAUUUUAGUGGGAAACCAAAGUUGUUUUUAGCUUUUCAUGAACCG